UAUAACUAAUCUUUUACGAUGGAGAAAUCCAUGGUGAUUAUCCUUCUGCUAAUUUGCCACAUUGCAAUUACAACUGUCGUUGCUCAGCAUUCGAUGCCGUUUCCAUCAAAGGGAGGGGAUUCAUGCAACGUAGUUCAAGUCAACUGCGGGUCGGCCGCUCCUGUUAACGAUGAAAGCGCCUCUCAGCACCUUAAACAGCCGGGGCCACCCGGGAAGCGUGGCCCCAAAGGCGACUUGGGUCCUAUUGGGCGUGCUGGACCCCAAGGUAUCAAAGGAGCAAAAGGAAUAAUUGGGGGUGUUGGACCAGCCGGUGAUAAGGGAAGUCAAGGUUCAAAGGGACAACAAGGGAUCAAAGGUGUGAAAGGAGACACGACCGACUACAUGAGAAUACAAAACAUGAUGAGUGCAACAAGCUGCAAAGAUCUGAACGAAACUUACGGAGUUUCUACAAGCGGAUACUAUUCAUUGAGAACGAUUGGUACCGGAGUUCUGGUCUCUGUUUACUGCGACUUCAGAAUUUACGACGGUGCAACAAGCUGCAAGGAUCUGAACGAAACUCACGGAGUUUCCACAAGCGGAUACUAUCAAAUAGAAACGAUUGAUACCGGAGUUCUAAUCAAUGUUUACUGCGACUUCAGAACUUACGAAGGCGUAUCCAAUUGUGCAGAGCUCGUAUCGCACUACGGCAUUUCAACAUACGGGUAUUAUCGUCUCAGAAUCAACUGGGGACAUCCGGAAUAUCAUCGAUGUCCAGAUGUUUUCACGUGCAAGCAAAUGAAGAAAAGAGACAGAAUUACGCCGUCUGGAAAAUACCUUCUCGGACCCGCCAACAGCCAAUAUGAGGUUCAUUGCAACUUUUCUGGAUCGGAUGCAAUCACUGAAAUUCGACACGAUUCCAUGAAAGAAGUGAUGAUGCCACAUUGCGAAUCUCGGGGAUGCUACUCCAAGAUUCCUCGGUAUGCGAUCAGCCUGAAUGACAUGAUCAAAAUCAUAGAGAAUUCAAGAGAAUGUCGGCAGUACAUUGGGGUCAUUCCACUCACUUUUGAAAAACGUGUUUUAUAUCGUAAAAUAUCCUGCUCAAAUAUAUCCUAA